GUAGGGAGGGGCGGGCGGCAAACGCAGCACUUUCCGCGGCUUUGACAAGCCCGCGGCGCCCGGCCUCGAGCGCUUAGCCGGGCCGAGACUGCGCCAUGCAGGAAGCGCCAGCAGCGCUGCCCACGGAGCCGGGCCCCAGCCCCGUGCCUGCCUUCCUCGGCAAGCUGUGGGCGCUGGUGGGUGACCCGGGGACCGACCAUCUGAUCCGCUGGAGCCCGAGCGGGACCAGUUUCCUCGUAAGCGACCAGAGCCGCUUCGCCAAGGAAGUGCUGCCCCAAUACUUCAAACACAGCAACAUGGCGAGCUUUGUGCGGCAACUCAACAUGUACGGUUUUCGGAAGGUGGUGAGCAUCGAACAGGGCGGCCUGCUGAGGCCAGAGCGCGACCACGUCGAAUUCCAGCACCCGAGCUUCGUACGCGGCCGAGAGCAACUACUGGAACGCGUGCGGCGCAAGGUGCCUGCGCUGCGCAGCGACGACGGCCGCUGGCGCCCCGAGGACUUGGGCCGGCUGCUGGGCGAGGUGCAGGCUUUGCGGGGAGUGCAGGAGAGCACCGAGGCGCGGCUGCGGGAGCUCAGGCAGCAGAACGAGAUCUUAUGGAGGGAGGUGGUGACUUUACGGCAGAGCCAUGGUCAGCAGCACCGGGUCAUUGGCAAGCUGAUCCAGUGCCUCUUCGGGCCACUUCAGACAGGGCCCAGCAACGCAGGAGCUAAGAGAAAGCUGUCCCUGAUGCUGGAUGAGGGGAGCUCAUGCCCAACAGCAGCCAAAUUCAGUGCCUGCCCCCUACCUGGUGCCCUCCUUCAGGAUCCCUACUUUAUCCAGUCGCCCCUCCCAGAGACCACCUUGGGCCUCACCAGCUCUCACAGGGCCAGGGGCCCUAUCAUUUCUGACAUCCAUGAAGACUCUCCAUCCCCUGAUGGGACCAGGCUUUCUCCUUCCAGUGGUGGCAGGAGGGAGAAGGGCCUGGCACUGCUCAAAGAAGAGCCGGCCAGUCCAGGGGGGGAAGGCGAGGCCGGGCUGGCUCUGGCCCCAAACGAGUGUGACUUCUGCGUGACAGCACCCCCACCGCUGCCUGUGGCUGUGGUGCAGGCCAUCCUGGAAGGGAAAGGGAGCUUCAGCCCUGACGGGCCCAGGAAUGCCCAACAGCCUGAACCAAGAGGUCUCAGGGAGGUACCUGACAGGGGAACUCUGGGCCUGGACAGGGGGAUGCGGAGCCCAGAGAAUCUUCUGCCUCCCAUGCUGCUUCGGGCCCCCCCUGAAAGUGUGGAGCCUGCGGGGCCCCUGGAUGUGCUAGGCCCCAGCCACCAAGGGCGAGAGUGGACCCUGAUGGACUUGGACAUGGAGCUGUCCCUGAUGCAGCCAUUGGUUCCAGAGAGGAGUGAGAAUGAGCUGGCAGUCAAGGGGUUAAAUUCUCCAGGGCCAGGGAAGGACUCCACACUUGGGGCACCACUCCUGCUGGAUGUCCAAGCGGCUUUGGGAAGCCCAGCUCUCGGCCUUCCUGGAGCUUUAACGAUUUACAGCGCCCCUGAGAGCCGAGCCUCCUACCUGGGCCCAGGGGCCAAUCCCUCCCCCUGAAACCCGCUCUGCUCUGAAGUCAGCCCUUCUCAGCUUCCUCGUGCCCCCCUAGAAGAGGCUGAUUGAAGACCCUGUUACUUCUCCAUUACUGAACCCUGCACAUAAACUGCAUUUUUUUUUC